AUGGCGUCAAGGUCGACGAUAAAUGCAAAUAAUUAUGAGCAGCAAGAUGAGGAAGCUGGUGAAGGCUACGCAAUGCUUCCAAAUGCUUCGUCGCACGCGCCUGGUUACUCCCCCUUAUCUGGGGCAGCAGCCAAUAGCAGGAAACAGUGGGGGAAGAAAAGCAAGGCUUUGGUAUUUGUUGGACUGUCAUUCGUAUUUGGAUUCAUCAUACAUGUAGCAUACACGUUAGCAACCAAUUUCACGAGCAACAGCGCCAAAAUCCCCCCAUAUCCCUCAAAUGGAGACCUGGUACAUGAUAGCGAGAGCGGACAUCUCUCUAGCGAUCCAAUGGCCGUCGUUGCUGGUCAUUCCAAAUAUAAAUCUAAAGAACAAGUCAAAGAGCUAGUUGACAGCAGCAAGGGAUACUUUGUCAGAGACUACAGCGUCUGGUUGGGAUGGAAUAAUGUCAGAUAUAUCAUAGAGACCACGUUACUUCACGCACAGAUACUCAACAGAACUGCAGUGCUACCCAGCUACGUAUAUGCGCGGGCGUGUGAAUUCGAUCAAGCUACUUGUGGUGCUUUCGCAGUGCAAGUUAAUCGCGGAAAGGCAAUUGGAACAGGUCAAUGGGAUGAUCUGCCUGAGGCUGAACAACAAGGCUGGAAGAUACCACUAGGAGCUAUGAUUGACUUAGAUCAUCUGUCGCAUACCUACAAGAACUUUAUUACCCUUGAUGAUUACUUUGAUGUCGAAGGCCUCCCUGCUGACAUAAUAGCGAUGAAUGGCCAGUGGCAACAAUACUACAACAAAGACAAUAGCUAUCACGUCAUAGAGAAUGAUGAUUGGGAUCCAAAAGAAAUUGUCAGAGUAGACAGAGUCGGUGAACCUCCAAUAUCAGAUCCUCAAGCAGUACCUGAAGGCCUUACACCUGCAAAAAUGGAAGAGAUGUUUGGAGAGGAGUCUGUACAAGAUUUGUCUUAUCUUCGCAUUGUUUUACAGUCUCGUGGUUUCAAGAUGCCAGAUGAUCCCGCAGGUGCAUUUGCAGCUCUUGGUUAUCGUCUGAUGUAUACAUACGAUAAAGUGGGUGGAAUGGAUUUCCUCAAAAGUCCUAUCAAUCCUAUCGCGCGAGUUGCCAAGGAGUCUUCUCUUCGCGGUCUCUACGAGGAUGGACAUGACGAGGAAGCGAAGAUUUUCCAUGUGCAGGGUGAAAUUCACCUUUACAGGCCUCCUGGCUCUGUUCACUUUACCUCGAAAGGGGCGAGGAAUGACUUCAAGAAGAUUAUCCUCCAAGACAUGAGACCAUUGCCAAGGCUUUAUCAAUUGGCUGCUAUUAUCGAUGAGCGUAUGCGCGAAAAGAAUGAUGGUAGAGCGUGGACAGCUGCUCACCUCCGCAGAGGCGAUUUUGAGAGUCAAGGAUGGGCGAUGGAAGCCAACUUUAAUGACCAUCUCGAUAGAAUAAAGGAUCAUCUCAAUAGUGGAAUUCAAAUGAUAAAUAAAAACCCCAAAUACCUUCACAAGAUUUCAGGAUCGAACGAUUCACCAAAGAUGCCACAGCAGGGGGACUACUUUUACAUAGGCACGGAUGAGCGCAACGCGACAAACCUGGAGUAUGUAAGGUCGCAAGGAGGUGUGCUGUUGUCGGACAUUGUCACACCAACAGACAGAGACGAGCUAGGACCUAUAGCAUUAUACACUGAUGUGCUAUCGUUAUUAGAGCAGCUGAUAAUGGCAAAUAGCGCGUACUUCUACGGAUUUGCUUUAUCUUCAGUCGCAGGAGGGGUAGUCAACUUGCGCACAGCAGAAAAAUACAAUCCAAAAACAGCAUUAAUAGACUCAUUUUAA